AAAAAUUUAACGAAUUUAUUUUAAUUGUUAAACUAAGUACAUAAAUUAAUAAUAUUCUCAUCUUAAGUAUCUGGUCGAUUAUUCAGAUCUAUCACCUAGGAAAAAAUGAUGUAUUUGCAAUUUCAAAUAAUUCUGUGUAUUGGACUAAUAUUUUCAACAUCAGCAGAUGAUACCAUAUCAGAUAAUGUUAUUGAUGCAUUAACAUCGAAAAAUUUAGAAAUGGCACUAGACAAAUUCCAUAAUUGCGUUUAUAGAUUUAAAAUAAAUACACUACAAAAAGGAAAAAAAAAUAUUAAUACACAAUUAAUGAUGUUGAAGAACCUAAUCAUUGACGCCAAAAUAAAACCAGAUGAAACGAGUACCAAAUUAUUAGAACUCUUAGAAUUAAAUGCAUCACAAAAUUCAGAACACCUUAAAAGUUGUUGCGCUAUUUUUCACGAGAAUUUGUUUGUAGUAGAAAAUCCCAUGCUCACAAUGAAUGACGAUAUUGAAGCUUCUGUAUAUUCGCGAUAUACGAUAGCGUUUAAUGUUCUGCUUAAUUGCUUAAAGAAAUAUGACUGUCCGGAUAUUGCUGAGAAGGAUCUUUCGCGGGGAUUUUAUAACAGAAUACCAAAUGUUCGAAACGGUGAACCACGUUUAAAAUCUAUAACUAAACAAUUACUAGAGGAAGUUGUUUAUAAUAAUAUGACACUAAACGAUUUUUUAAUUAGUUUACAAAAUAACGUAUAUGGACCUAAUUGCGAAAAACCUUUUGCAAGAUAUUGUAUUGCUGCUUACUACACAUAUUUGAAUUCUUAUGUCCCACUUUAAAAAAUAUAUUCAAAGAAAGUAGAGAACUUGAGCUUUGAAAUAAACAUUUUCUGUGUAAUAAUAUGGUUCAAUUAAAAGUUUUCUUUAUAAUAUGUUUCUAUUUUUGGUGUUUAAAACGUUUUGAUUUGAUUUUUUUUAAAGUUAAUAGAAUGUUUUAAAUAAUAUUCUCUUAUAUUUUUUUUCCAAAAUUAUUGAUUUUUUUUUUUAUAUAAUUAAAUAUUUUAGAAAAAAUCCAAUAGUUUUAAAUUCUUAACUUUUCCACUGCUCUUAAUACACAAUAUCAGUAGUUUCUUUUUUACAUUGUUAUUCAUUUAGUAUACCUAUAAUAUAUUAGCUUCGAUGCGAAGCUAAAUAGGUAUUAAUUUACUAUGAUGUGUUUUUUUUUUUUGUGUUACCACUUUUUCAUAGCUCUCAACGAACCGAUUUCUUUCAACAAUACGACAAUAGAUUACAAAUCGUAUCUAAUCAAAGACAUUACCCUCAACAAUUGAAAACAUUUUCCUCGUUCCCCGUAAAUGAGAGAAAGUUCCAAAAAAAUUUCAAAUUUAAAAAUCGCUAAUUUUCGAAUUUUUUUCAUUUUUUUUCUUAAAACUGCUAUAACUUUUUCAAUAAUGACUAUAUCAGAAUAAUUUUUUUUUUAUAGAAUGUGUUUACCUAUCAAUUGAUGUAUUUUUUUUAUACAUUUAACCAUUUACCUGACCACAGGGGGAGUUUUAAAAUGACAAUUUUUUCACAAAAAAUUAACUUUUUCAACUUUAAUUUUGAAAGUGUUCCGGAAAUACUGACACUUUUAUAUAUACCUUAAAUUAAAGCUUAUUUAAUAUACUUUAUAAUGAAAAAAAAAAACAAUUCAGACUUUAUUUUGUCUUUACGGUAAAAAUGGCCACCCUAUGCUAAUUUUGUGUGAAAAUUCUCGAUUUUAUAUUUUUAAUUUUUAACUUUAUAAUUCCAAAACUUAUUGAAAAGUGUUUGGAUCAACAACAUUUUUUAUGAAAAAUAAUAUUUAUAUCCCUUUUUCAUUCGACAUACUUUAUCUGAAUCAGUAUAUAAAUAAGGAAAUAGAAGAUUAUGUAGUUUUUGUAAUAAUCCACCAAUUUUUUAUAGUUAAACACUAUCUAAAAAUUUGCAUCGAAGCGUUUUUUAACACGCUUAUAUUAGUUUCACAUGUAUGUGAGUUGUGUGUUGUGUGUAACUUUCCACGCGCCACGUGUUAUUAUGUCGCUUAUCCCGUCGUCUAUGGCCUUGAGACUAGACUGUCGUAACGCAUUCACCCCACCCCGCUCACUACUCGCCGAUAACACUAUUUUCCUGUAUAAUUUUUGUUUUUUAUAUCCAUACAUGCGAGCGUAUCAUCAAUAUUAUAUAUAUACAAAUAUAUAUAUUCGUAUAAACAAAUUUUUAUUGUUUAUUAUUAGAUUCAAAUUUUUUUGAGUUAAUAUACACGUAUAAUACAUAAGGGAUUACAAAUACAGGUAGCUAAUUGGUUUUUUAUGACGAUAUUAGCAAGCAUAAGCAUAAGCAUAAGCAUGUUGAAGUACCUCCGAUGGGAGGUCUCUUUACUCAGUCUCUUCUGUCUGUUUUUUUUUCUUUUAAUGUUAUCACUUAAGCUUAUUGUUCAAUAUUGUAACAGAUAGCGUAAUAAUUAAAAUUUUGUUAAAAAAAAAAAAAAAAUUUUUAACUUUUUAGUUUGAUAUGCUUUAAAAGCGUGUUUUUCAGUUUUUUAAACUAUAUUUAUUAUGAAAGUGAUUCUAAUCACUGUGAGAUAUCAUUAUACUUGAUCCAACUAUGCCACGUCACCACUGUGCCGCGACCCCCCUGUGCUUGGUUUUUAUUAUCCUUCUUUUCAACAUUAUUACUUAUAUAAAUAUAAGUUUGGUUAUUUUAUAACUGAGUUCAGAUUUUAUUAUAACUUUUAAGUAAUAAGCAACAGUUAUGACACACUUGUAUAAAUACAAAAUAAAUAUUGUAAAGUAUUUUAUAGUUUUUUUUUUAGAUAUAUUCCUGGUUAUGAUAAAUUAGAGUCUUUAUAAUUAUUUAUUCUUUUUAACUUUUUAACUGUCAAUAACAAUCAACAAGUAUUUGAUGCCAUCAAAUUGAUGAUCAUUUAUAAAUAAAUUUAUAAUGCGUUUUAAUAGUUAAAAUAUUAUAUGAGAAGUAACUAAAAUCAUUAACAUAAUUUAUAAAUUCUAAAUAUUUACAAAAUAACAUGGGUUCAUGAGAUGAGAAAAAGAAUAUUUGGAUUUCAACAUUACGUGAUGUAACGAGUUAUAAUAGAUUUUUGUAAUAUCCAUCUAAGAAAAUUAAAAUACAAUUGAUAAAUUUAAUUGCUAUUUAUUAAAAUAGCUUCAAAACUUUAUUUGUAAGUGUAAUGUUUAUAUAUAUUUUUCAUUUGAAUUGAAAACAGACGCUAUUGUCAAAAUUAUGACCGUCUUCAAUGCAUUGAGGACACACAAUAUAGAAUGUGAACCGUAGGACCAGUUGAGACAAUUUUUCAUUAAAUGCAAAAAAAAAAAUUAAAUACAAGAUUUUAAUUACAGUCAUCCUUUAUAACAGUGGAGAUACAAGUAAAAAUUUAGACAAAAUAUAAAAAACUUUCCCAUUGCAUUAGGUUAGUUUAUGUUAAGUUUCAUCUUCCCCCCCCUCUGAAUUGGUAUGACAAGGUUAAGUAGAUGAUGAGGCGUGGGUGAAGCUUCUCCUCACAUUUCCAUAGGUUAUUCGCGGUGUUGUAAACUCUACAAUUAGACUUUUUCUAUCAUUUCUCAUCUUACAUAUUAUUAUUAAUUAGUAGGGAUUGCCAACGAUACUGAUAUUUCGACUGGACAUCGAUAUAUCUCGCCGAAUUUUUUCAUUUUUUCCAUAAUAUCAAUUAUUUUUUAAAUAUCGCGUUAAUCAAAAAUCAUUUUUUAUAAAAAAAAACAUUUAAAUUUUAAUUACUUUGUUAUAAAAUAUAUAUUAUUUGAUAAAUAUUAAUAAUUAUUCAGAACUUAAUUAAUUUAGCUUUAAUUAAAAAUAUCAAUUAAAAAUUUGUUAAACAAACCUACUCAAUUGAGUGUAUAAAAACAAGGUGAUUUUUAUUCAAUUUUUGAGGGUACAAUCUUUAGCUAUAUACUUGUUGUGAUAAUUUGACGUAUCAUUAAAAUAAAUAAGUCAAGUGAGAACUGAGAAAAUAAAUGACAGCCACAAAAAAAAAACACAUAGUAAAAUAAUUUUAAUAUGAAUAAGAAAUUUCUUCUCACAAGGGGAGACUACAGUGAUGGGAUCCUUGAAAUAUAAUGAAGUUAUAUAAUCUAAAUUAUAUAAAAUAAAUGAGUGAAAUAUAUUUUUUUAACUCAAAAAAAAUUAAGAAAAUAAUGCAAAAAAAUUCAUCGUCACAGUCGGAUUCGAACCUCGUACACCAAGAGUCAAGCUCACAAAUGCCCGACCCACUCACCGACUACGUCGUAUUAAUCUAUUGAUAAAAAUGACAAUUUAAUCUAGUUUAAAUUUCAAAGUUACUUUUAUCCACUUAAAAGAACAAAAAAAAUUUAACUUUAUAUGCUAAGUCAAAUAGAUUUUUAUAAUAUUUAUGAAAAUCAGCCUACUCUCCUUGUAAGGUAUUUUUAAAUGAAAUACUAAACCAAGAAUUUUACCAUAACAUAUAAUAAAUGAUAUCUUUAGGCGUUGGUUUUGGCGCAAAGUCAUUCAUACUACGUAGUGAAGAACGUGCAACGGAUCCUAUUCUGGGGUCCAUCUAAUAGGGAGGACAAGCUUAUAAAUAAGGUUGGACGAAACACAAUACGGUGGUGUGACUUAAACGGUAUUUGCCGUUCUAAAUAAUGCCUAACGUCAUUUCCAGAGUGGUUUACAAUAAUAUCAGUCUUGUAUAAAAAAAGAACAAAAAAUGGUUUGGAGUGUUACGUAAAAAAAUAACAAUCCAAAGUUUACACUUUUUAGGGGAAUUAUCUAGGCGCCCAUAAUGUCGUGGUGUCAUAAAAUUUAUUUUUAUUUACUAGUUUAAGAGGUGACGACUUGGGUCACGCAAUGGAUUGUGGAGUCGCCACCCUCAUGACUCCCUUGCAAAAGGAAAAUAGGGUCACCAACCACUUAGGUGAGGGUCUUGAUCAUAAAAAAAAAUAACACCCGGACCAUAAGUGGAUUUAAAAAAAUAAACAAUAAGUAAACCAAUAGUAUUAAAUAAAAUAAUAUACACUAUGAUGAGACAAAGUGGAUCGUCGAAUAAAAAAUUAUAUAUAUAUACUAAAAUAUAAAGUGUUGUUGUAAACUAUAAUACUCUGAUGAUACCUUGUAAAUAAAACAAAAUAUGUUUGUUUGAUGUCAUCAGUGGUGGACAUACUUAAGUAUAUCGAAGACCGUUACCUUAUAACUAGAGAGAAUUAUUAAAGGUAAAAAAAAUAAGAUACACAUGAAUAUUGAUGAUAUUCACGCAAUAAAAAGAUUUUUGAUGAUUAAGAGAUUUAAGGGAACUUUAUUAAAUUAUUACAGUUAAGUUAAUAGUGGACAAAACCCGAAGGCAAAAACCACUAUGAAAAUGAAGGGACAAAAGAAAAAAAACGAUUAUUAAGACAAAAAAAAAUUUUAACCUACAACUUUUAGACAGUUCACGUGAAGUGUUUUCCGCACUGGAACAAGUCCGUGUACUCCGGGCGCGCGCGGAUAAUUUUUGUAAUCGGGCCGGCCGGACCGUACUUGGGCACUGCGGGAAUAAUAUAUAAUUAAUAAUAAUUAAAAAAUUGUUAAAGUCUAUUAUAGAAUUGUAUUUGUUCAAGUUCAAUAUAUGACAUUUAUAUUUUCUAAAAA